AUGAAUCAGAAACUCCUCGAAGUGGCAGACUAUCUGGAUGAGCAAAUUGACAGCAUGGCCAAAGUUGUGCUUGAGCACUACAAAUUCGACAGCGAGGAGUUUGGUAACCCAAAUAUCCAGUCCCAGAAUGAGAUCCUCACCGUGGGGCGUAUCGUGCCAGACUCGCCAUUGACUGCCUCAGAUGCCGACUUGAACGCUAAUUCGCUGUUUCUGGAAACGUCACGACUUGGAGGAAUAGGCCAAAGAAUCAAGUUGGACCUCUCCUCGCUCCACGACUACUCCUUUUUCCCUGGCCAGAUUGUUUGUUUCCGGGGCCAAAAUUUGACAGGAGAGUUCUUUAAAGUCACCGAAAUGCACCAAAUCCCAUUUUUAGAAUCGCCUGUCUCAUCCGCUGAGGAGCUGCAGUCGUAUGAGUACGGAGCAGGAAACAUGAAGGUGGUCUUCACUGCAGGACCAUACACGCCGCAGAAGGAGCUCAAUUACACCCAUCUGGCAGAGUUUGUGGACAAAAUGAAUAAUGAGGUGCGUCCAGACACAGUGGUGAUGUUUGGGCCUUUUUUGGACGUCAACCACGCACAAGUAGCGGACGGUACGCUGCACUUCGACGGGCUCGAAAAACAGCCGGCUACGCUAGACGACGUGUUUCGUGCCGUGGUGGCACCGAUUCUGCGGAAACUUGAAUGCCUCGUUAUUCUGGUUCCUUCCACGAAAGAUGCCACCACCAAGCACGCCGCGUAUCCACAGGACUCGUUUGACAGAAAAACUUUGGGGAUACCCAAAAACGUCAAAUGUUUCCCGAAUCCUGCUACAUUCCAGCUGAACGAGUUCGUCAUCGGCUGCUCCAACAAUGACAUCUUCAAAGACCUCAAGGACGUGGCCGUAGGCGCCUCCUUGAAAGCGUCGCGUUUUGACAGAAUCUCGGGUCACGUGAUCGAGCAGCGGCGAUACUACCCGGUGUUUCCUGGCGGGCUGAAACAGAAGCGGAGUCUCAAGGAGUACGAGCAGUCUGUGCAUAUCAGCGGCGCGGACCUGCAUGUGAGUUAUAUGGGACUAGCUGAAUUCAAUACGUCUUUGCCUGACAUUCUUGUCAUUCCCUCGGAGCUCAAGGCGUUCAGCAAGAUUGUGCAGAACGUGUUAGUGGUCAAUCCUGGCACUUUUAUGCGUCAGAAUUCAGCAGGCUCGUAUUGUGAGGUGAAUCUCAAGGCACCAAAGCUUGAUGACCUCGAAAAAGUUGGCGACUUGUAUCUGCACACUGUGUGGAAAAGAGCACGAGUGGAUGUCAGACGAACAUAA